CUGGAUGAGGGUGACAGAAGGGACCCCCAGGAAGGUGCUUUCUCCUCCUCCUCCCUCUCUGAGGCCCAAAUCCCGUCUCUAAUGCCUUAUAUCUUUGUUGGUUUUCGCUUCAACCCUGUGAGGUUUGCAGGGGAACUUUAUCAUGCCUUUUUCACAGACAGAGAAAUGAAGUCAGAGCUGGUGACUGAUAGAGGCAGAACUUGAACCCUUGAACUUGAGUCUGGGUUCUUUUUCCCAAUCCACAGCUUCCAAAGGACAAGGACGAAGGCUGCGCCCGACCUUCCCCUCCUGUCGUUCUGCAGGUGCCCCCCCAGGGGUGAAGGAUGCCGCUCUGGGUGUUCCUCUUCGUGAUCCUCACCCUCAGCAGCGGCUCCCACUGCUCCCUGCCCCCCUCCCUGCCCCUCAGGAUGCGGCGGUAUGCAGAUGCCAUCUUCACCAACAGCUACCGAAAGGUGCUGGGCCAGCUGUCCACCCGCAAGCUGCUCCAGGACAUCAUGAGCAGGCAGCAGGGAGAGAGAAACCAGGAGCAAGGAGCAAGGGUACGGCUUGGCCGUCAGGUAGACGGUGUGUGGGCAGAACAAAAGCAAAUGGCACUGGAGAGCGUCCUGGUGGCCCUGCUGCAGAAGCACAGCAGGAAUUUCCAAGGAUGAAGACUCCUCCUGUGGCUUAGGCUACCUGUAGCCAAAAUACAACUGGACCCAGUUAAUCCUCUCUCAUCGCUGACCUACUCUUUCCUUGGCAAAUACAAUAAAAUUCCCCCAUCCUGGUUUGCAU